UUGUCGUGUUGCUGCUCAGUUAACAGGCUGUGUUUGAUAAGAGCUAAAUAUUUGAGCAGCUGCAACAGCCAUGUCUUCAGUUCAGCAUCUGAGAGACUUCAUCAGCGAGCGGCUAACUGCUGCUGCUGAGGAGAUCUUCGGAGUGUUUGAGAGAACCAUCGUCCAGUACGAAGAAGAGAUGGACCGUCAGCGCAGACUGCUGGAUGUCACCUGGAGACCGGACAGCGGCUUCCAGAGAACAGAUGCCCCACAGUGUUUUCUCAAGAAGGAGAUUUCUGCCGACAAGCAGCUCAGCAACCAGCAGGAGAACUCCAGUGUGGACCAGCUGGAAGCAGAACCUCCAGAGAUUAAAGAGGAACAAGAGGAACUGUGGACCAGUCAGGCAGAAGAGCAGAUAGUAUUGAAGCAGGAGGCUGAUGUCCAAAUGGUGACACCAUUGUUUGAGGAAGGAGACCACAGUGAACCAGGAUCACACAGGGACCCGGUCCACUCUGAGAGACUAGAUCAGGAGGGAAACUGGCCUGAAGACUCUGGACCAGCGAGGAACGCGGAGCUGAAGCAGAAAGAGAGACUGGACAGAAAAUUGAUGGACAACUGUCCUGUGUCAGAGUAUAAUAAAGACAGAAGAGACGGUUCUCUGCAAUGUGAAGUUGGUGGAAAAGUCUUGAAGAAUAUCUCAGGAAGACCGACACUCUACAGAAUCCACACAGACUUCCCCAAGCAUUUCCUCUGGAAGGAUGCUAAGAUUCCUGCAGACCAGGAGCAGCCAGAACCUCCUGAGGUUAAAGAGGAGCAGGAGGACCUCUGCUUCAGUUGUGAUGAAGAUCAGCUGGUGGUGAAGCAGGAAAUCGAUAGUUUCAUGGUGACUUCUGAUUAUGAGGAAACUGACCACAGUGAGUCAGAACCAAACAGGAACCAACUCCUUCCUAAUGUAUCUCCUGCAACUGACAGUCAGCAUCAGGAUCUGAAAGGAAGCUGGGAUGAAGACUCUGGAUUAACUAGGAAUCAGAUAAGUCAAAGUAACAUCGUAGACAACGUCCCUUCGUUAGAUACUCUCUGUAAUUCGGACUCGAGUAGUAAAUCGUUGAAAUGUGCCGUCUGUGGGAAAACUUUUAGCAGCAAUUUCAAAAUGCGGAAACAUUACAGAAUCCACACGGGUGAGAAACCUUAUUCCUGUAAAAUCUGCAGAAAAGCUUUCCGAGAGAGCAAAUAUCUGUCUGUUCACAUGAGAACUCACACGGGGGAAAAGCCGUAUUCAUGCGAAACCUGCGGGAAAAGUUUCAGUCAAAACAGCCAUCUCAGUUCCCACAAGAGAACUCAUACAGGUGAGAAGCCACACCCCUGCAGCACCUGUGGGAGGAGAUUUGCAGAAGCAUCGGCUCUCAGAAACCACAUGCUCACCCACACAGGAGAAAAGCCUUUUUCCUGCCAUAUUUGUGGAAAAAUAUUGCGGUACAGCAGCAGCCUGUCUGCUCACCUGAAAAUCCACACUGGGGAGAAACCUUUUGUGUGUAAAACCUGUGGGAAAUGCUUCAGCCACAACAGCAGCCUAAUUUCCCACAUGAGGAUCCACACAGGAGAGAAGUCGUAUCAGUGCACGACGUGCGGUCGCUGCUUCAGCCACAGCACGACCCUGCUGCGCCACACCAGGAGCCACACAGGGGAACGGCCGUAUUCCUGCGCCACCUGUGGGAAAUGUUUCAACAGCAGCAGCCAUCUAACCGUCCACAUGACGACCCACACCCGGGAGAAGUUAUAUUCCUGCACCAUGUGCAGCAAGCGCUUCAGUCACGGCAGUAACCUGGUGCGGCACAUGAGAACGCACACCGGCGAGCGGCCAUAUUCCUGCCAGACGUGUGCGAAAAGGUUCAAAAGCAGCACUCAUCUGUCGCGACACAUGAAGACUCACAGGAAAGGCUGUAGUCCUGAAGUGGAAAUCAUCCUGGAAGAUGGCAGCACUCCAGUCAGUCAGAGUCAACGCUGCUCCGACUGGAUCAACCACAGCUGGAUUUUACUGCAUGAUGUCUGCAGGAUCUGCUGUGCCAAUGGGCUGUUGGUAGAACCUACGACGCUCCUACUGGUUUUGGUGCUGGUGGUGGUUCUGUUUGAGCCAAUCAUGUCUUCAGUUCAGCAUCUGAGAGACUUCAUCAGCGAGCGGCUAACUGCUGCUGCUGAGGAGAUCUUCGGAGUGUUUGAGAGAACCAUCGUCCAGUACGAAGAAGAGAUGGACCGUCAGCGCAGACUGCUGGAUGUCACCUGGAAACCGCAGGUCCACCUGGACAGGACAGAACUUCUGCACCAUUUCCUCAGAAAGGAAGAAGAGGAUAUUCCUGCAGACCAGCAGCUUUGGAACCAGGAGCGGAAGUCUGAUUUGGACCAGGAGGAACCAGAUCCUCCACGGAUUAAAGAGGAACACGAGGAUCUCUGCUUCAUCCAAGCUGAAGAGCAGCAGGACGCUAAUACCUCAAUGGCAACUUCUGCUUAUCAACUCAUUUCCAAACAUGAAGCAGAACCAAACGGGAACCACCUCCACCUUGGGAACCUCUCUGAGUCAGAGAGGCAAGACCCGGUGGGAAACUGCAAUGAAAACUCAGAAUCAACAAGAAAUCCAGAGCUAAAGCCGAAGAAGAGACUGAGCAGAAACAGGAGGCAGGCUGGGUUCUGGAGCAGUCAGGACGAAGAUCAGUCCGCCCUGACGAAUGAAACGAGUUAUUUUAUGGCUUCAGGUCAUGAGGACAGAGACCCAAAGAACAACCCGCUCAUCCCACUCAGCUUUCCUGCAGCUGAAAUUCGAGAUCAGGAUGAAAGCUGGAAAAAAGGCUUUGGAACUAAGGAGCUGAAGCCCAAGGAGAGACGGAUCAGAAGGAGAACCAGCAGUAACCGUGUGGUUGAAAGUGAAUGUCUCAGACCAGUUUCAUGUGACAUCUGUGGAAAAGCCUUCAGGUGUAAUUCAGACAUGAGGGUCCACUACCGCGUCCACACAGGAGAGAAGCCCUUUUCCUGUGAAAUCUGUCAGAGAGCGUUCAGCUUCAAGGUGAACAUGUCCGUCCACAUGAGGACUCACACGGGUGAGAAGCCCUACUCCUGUAAGAUCUGUGAAAAAAGGUUCUCCGAUCAUUCCUCGCUCAGAAAGCACAUCUACGUUCACACGGGCGAGAGGCCGUACUCCUGCGCCGUGUGCGGCAAACGCUUCAGUCGCAGCAGCCACAGGUGGCGGCACAUUACUUCUGGGAACCUACAGAUGGACUCACGGCUUGGUGCCGCACAUGAUGACCCUUCGAGCUUCAUGGAUAGGACGGGAACUACCCACACAGGAGAGAGGUAUUCACGCAAGGUUUGUGAGAAACGGAUCACUCGCAGUCACGCCAUGAGGCAGGACAUGAAAGCUCAGGCCGGCCCAAAGCAGGAGUUCUGGAUGAUCUGUAACGGGGUCGGGUGUGAUGUUCAAGGAGGAGCUUUCAUCAGGAGAACAGCGGCUCGCUCCGCGCUGCAGCUCCGCUAUCAGACCGUGUUUGUUUCCAGCAUGUCUUCAGUUCAGCAUCUGAGAGACUUCAUCAGCGAGCGGCUAACUGCUGCUGCUGAGGAGAUCUUCGGAGUGUUUGAGAGAACCAUCGUCCAGUACGAAGAAGAGAUGGACCGUCAGCGCAGACUGCUGGAUGUCACCUGGAGACCGGACAGCAGCUUCCAGAGAACAGACCUCCUGCGGCAGUACCUGAGUAAGAAGCCAGAGAUCCCUGCUGCACCACAGCUCUUUAACCAGCAGGGGGCCUCCACAAUGAGCCUGCAGCAGCCAGAAGCAUCAGAGCUUAAAGAACACGUCAAGGCAGAAACUUUGCAUAUUAAAGCGGAACAGGUGAAAGUCUGCAGCAGCCAGGAGGACCAGCAGCUGGUGCUGAAGCAUGAGGUUGACAGCUUCAUGGUGAAUUAUACAGAAAGAGGCCACAGUGCACCAGAACCAAAGCGGGAGCAGGUCUUCCCUCGCAACUUUCCUUUAAUUGGGAGCCGGGAUCGGGAAGGAAGCUGGUACGAGGAGUCGGACUUAGUUGGAAGAGAGCUGAAGGUGACCAGAAACAGGAACCCUGUUAGCAGCUCUGAGAGCUGCUCCAAGUUGGCGAGCCGAGACCAACCAGAGAUCAGCAAAGCACCUGUGAAAUGUGGUGCUGCAGAACAAACCGUCCACCAGCACGCUGAAAUCAGUCUCUGCAUCCAAACAGAUGUUCCACAGCAUUGUGUCUCCCCGGAGAAAGAGCCUCCUGCAGACCAGACGUUCUGUGAACUGGAGGGGAACUCCAUUGUGGAUCAGCAGGAACCAGAGCCUCUGCAAAUUAAAGAGGAGCAGGACGGUCAUCUUGUGCUGAAGGAGGAAAUCGAUUCCGUCACGGUGACUUCUGCUUAUGAGGAAAGUGACGAAAGCGAAGCAGAAGGCAACUCCAAGCGGAACAUCUUCCACAGCUACCUGAAGGCUGCCAACCGAGACCAGGAAGGAAGCUGGCAGAGAGACUCGGGACCAACAAGCAAAGCCGACCCGAUGCCACGUUAUAAACACAUGAGUUACAGUAAUGACACGAGCAGAGAGAGUCCGAUUAACGCCAGGACCAGUGAUGGAUCCAUUGGAUGUCAGCUCUGUGGGAAAACCUUUGGGAUCAAUGCAGACUUAAAGGAACAUUUUAAAAUCCACAUCGUGGAGAAGCCAUUUUCCUGCAAUGUGUGUGGAAAAGCUUUCAAAUAUAACAUCAAGUUACUGAUCCACAUGAGAACGCACACGGGGGAGAAGCCUUUUUCUUGUGAAAUCUGCGGUAAAGGCUUCAGUCAGAAGGUCAAUCUGAACGUCCACAUGAGGACACACACAGGUGAGAAGCCAUAUCUCUGCAAAACCUGUGGAAAGAGGUUUUCCGACCAGUCAGGCUUUAAAAGGCACAUGACCAUCCACACGGGCGAGAGGCCUUACGUCUGCAAAACCUGCAACAAAGCCUUUAGAUACAGCGUCCAUCUCAUGGUCCACAUGAGAACACAUACAGAUGAGCGGCCAUACUUCUGUAAAACCUGCGGAAGAACCUUUUCUGACCCGUCCACACUCAGGAAGCACACAAUGACCCACACGGGCGAGAGGUCCUAUUCCUGCCAGACCUGCGGAAAAUGCUUCAGCGACAACAGCAACCUGCUACGGCACAUGAGGACGCACACGGGCGAGAAGCCGUAUUCCUGCGAGAUCUGCGGCAAGAGCUUCAGCCAGAGCAGCAACCUGAUGCAGCACAUCCGCACCCACACGGGCGAGAGGCCGUAUCCCUGCGGGAUCUGCGACAAGAGCUACAGCCACAGCUGCACUCUGCUCAAACACAUGAGGAGCCACUCAGGCGAGAAGCCGUACUCCUGCGAACUCUGCGGCAGGUGUUUCAGUCACAAAUGCACGCUGCUGAAGCACAUGAAGAUCCACGCAGACGGCACCGUGCAAUCCUGAAAUCCACACCCAAGAAGGUUAGCUGGUGGGUUGCUCCCUCACAUCAUCCUCGUUGGGUUCGUGUCGGUACGUGUUGUUCUGUCUGGACAAAUAAACAGAACCACACAGACAAUAAAGUUUUUUUUAAAUGUACAAAAGCUUUUUUCCUAGAUGCAUUCAAACCACAACAAAUAGAUUUUUUUUAUCCUAGCAUGUUCUAGUUUUCUUUUUCAUUUUCUGAAAUCUGUUUUCUAGAUUUCUCUUUUAAAAACUGAAAACUUGACCAUCAGACAAGUACAAACAUGGAAUGAAAACUAAUUUUCAUGUCUGUAGAUGUGAAAGUUUUUCCUUGUGUGUGAGAGCUGCACAGCUAAUGCAGAACCAGUAUUACACCUACUCAGAAUCAUCAUAAUAAUAAUAUAGAUAAUUAAUAAUAAAUUGUAAAGAGACAAACUAAUAAGCCAAAGAAAACCAAAAAAAAAAGUACACGUUGAUCUAAUAAUCCAGGGUGGUACAGGUCCUCCCUGGGUGAGAGUUAAAAACCUUUUGGUUUGUUUCCGGUUCACUGUGAGCAGAUAUGAAUGGUGAUUAGCUUUGACUUUUACAUGAAUGACGUAAGUUUCUGGUAUAAUCUGAACGAUUUUAAAAAUUAUUAGUCUAGAGGAAGCACUGAUGGAUUUUAAUGUCUUCUGGCAGGAAUAUUUGGGAUUCUAUAGGAAUAGUAAGAUAUCAUCAGCGUAAUGGCGUUUUCUGUUCCAUGUUGAGUCCUCAGGAAGCUGGAUGGGUUUGGUUUUCCUCUGCAGGUUUUUCUGUGUGAAGCAGUGGUGUGACCACCUUGUGGUUGGAGGAUGAAGAUAGUACAUUCCUGUUUCCUCUGACAGUCCAGGAAACCACUUUCUGCUCAGUGGGAAUUGGACUCAGUCCUGCUGGCUGUAAAACAAUCAAAAUCAGUUUUUCAGCUUCAGAUCUUUUCUGUUACGAUAUCAAGUUUUUCACAUUCCUUUUAAAAGUGUUGUUUAAACGGCCAGAAACUGUAUUGAAAGAUAGAACAUAUAUGAUUCAGUGACGUCCAGGUCAGGCAGCGUGUCUUUCUUAUGUCGUUAGUCUCAGACUCAUCACUGGCAGAGAUCUGAAGGAUUAAAGAAGUGUUUCCAUUCAGAUGUAUCAUAAAUAACCAUAAGGUCUGCAGUUUGAGCUGUGACUGUUCAGUACCCGAGUCUCACCAAGGAGUUGAGCUCACAGUUGGAGCUUCAGGAGCUCCUGGAUGUUCAGCUUAGGCUCCACCACUAGAACAAACACGAACAUCAGGUGCUGAUGAUCAUGUACGUACAUUUGUCCAAUGGGCGGGUAUGUAAAGUCUGUCUAUUAAACCAGCUGGUUGACUCGCACUUUAGUGAAAGCAGUUAGAACUAAAUUAUCAGAGAUAUCAGAACCUGCAGAGCUACUGCCUGCUCUGCUUACUGGGUCUACCACAGCCUGGCUCUGACUGGGUUUCUGCAUUUAAUUUAAUCAUUUAUAGCUUUCAGAGCUCUGUGUGUGUGUGUUGCUUUAACACUUAAAUAAAAGUAAAAGUAGUGAAGGAAAAUCCUUUUUUUCUUAGCCAGUGUCUUUUCAUCCUGUAUCUUUACUCCAGGAGACACUUGGACUUGGGACACCCUCUCCUGCCUAACUCAGAUUUAGUUACAGUUGUCCUGGGGGACCCGCUGUGAACCCAGCUAUGAUGUGGGCACCCAGAACCUCCUGAGACCAGUAACUAUUGCCCCUUUUCCACUGGCUCCAUCAGGUUUCACGGCUCCACUCAACUCGGUCUAACACUACUCCUACAGAAACCGACAGAACCUGAUGCUUCUCCAUGGACCCACCAAUGGCUGGAUACGGUUUGAAGCCCCGCCUCCAGCUAUUAACGUUACUGUGUGACAUUGUCACCUUAAAGUAAUCUCCAUGGAACCAUAAAAAUAAUAAAUAGAAAAUAAAAACAUAAAUAAAAUACAAAUAACGUUUCAUUAUUGUAUAUGCAAGAAUUUCUUAUUAAUUUAUAUAAUGAACCGCUGGGAUAAUUUUCUGGACCACAGCCCAGUCAGAACUUAUAAAAUAAGGGUCUGGGUUUCUGAUGUGGUCCGCGUAAGUCUGCGUUCAUUCAUUAUUCUUUUUUUGGAAGUGAAAUCAAAUUCUGGAAAGGGUGUCGGUUUGGUUUUCGGAUCUGAAAUGAGGGGGGUGGGGGUGGCAGGAGAAGCACAGAGGAGAAGCUCCGGUCUGGAUGGUGAAGCUCCAAAGUUGGCCUGAAGACGUUAACAUUUUAGGCUUUAUAUAGACGUUUCUGCUUCAGCCAUGGCAAUGAUGAGGACCGGGACUUUAAAGCGCAAAACUGCAGACUUUUGUUUGAUGUUACUGUAGUCGCUCUUGAGUUUUAUUAAGUUCUCCCUGCACCGCCUCUUGGAAAUCUUUCUCAUUUUUCCUGCUCCCGCAGCCAAUCGGUGAACAGAAGUCUGUUCAUGUCACAUGUAGUCCCUACUCAGCCCCAAUCGGACCUGCUCAGGAGCAGGGACCAGAACAGUAGGUAUCGGUUUGGAAAAAACAGUAAUGGAAACGCUCGCAAAGUGUGGCCGAGUGGAGUGGAGCUGGGCCAAAUGGAGCCAGUGGAAACCAGUGUUGGGGUUUCUCUGAGUUACUCUCAGGACAAAUGACCAAUCAGAUCUGUGAGUUUCACUGUCUGGGCCUCCUGUGUUUUAUGCACCUUCUGAUGGUGUCCCUCAGGGAGUUUGUGGUGGGGGGUUUUCCCAGGGUCACUGUUGCAGGCUAUCUGCUUCUUUAGUAACCAAAGCAAGAGCUGCGUCCUGGUUCCCAGAGCUGGUUGAACUCCUCUUGGGCUGUCCAGCCUCUUUGUUCAUGGACAAGAUCUGAAGUUGUCGUCUUGUGGAUGGUGUUGGGUGUCUUGUUUGAGAUUCUCUGCUUUGUUGCAGAUGUUGUGGGCAUCUUCAGAGAUUUUCCCGACCAGUCAGCACUUUAGAAACUAGUUCCAAUCCAAGUUAUGUGGGUCUCUGCUUCAGAUAGAGCACUUUAAAUGUCUUGGUGUCUUAUUCCUAUGUGAUGUUAGGAUGGAGAUAAUGCUGGAUUAUGUGUUUCACUAAUGUCAGAGAGUGAAUAAAAGUCCAUCCAGACCCUGUUUCUGUGCCAGAAGCAUAGAAAGUAGCACUGUUGCCGUGCAGCCAGAAGGUCCUGGGUUCAAAUUCAGGCCUGGGAUCUUUCUGUAUGGAGUUCUCUCUGUGCAUCUAUGGGUUCUCUCUGGGUACUCCAGCUUCCUCAGACAGCCCAAAAACAUGACUGUUAGGUUAAUUGCUCUCUCUAAAUUGUCUUUAGGUCUGUGUGUGUGCAUGGUUGUUUGUCCAGAUAGUCCCCCGCCCCCGGGACGGACCAGUGGGGAUGGAUUGAUGGAUGGAUGGAUGGCAUCAUUAGGACGUUUUCUGAUUGUUGUUAGUCUCAUCUCCGCCUGCUAUUAAUCCAACAUUCCUGUGGUUCUGAAUAUCAACGCUUCAUAUAUGAUGAAACGUUGGAAUGUGUGAAACUAACGGACUCGGCAGCUCUGAGCGCUGCAGCAGAUGAAUGUCGAGCUCCUCUGAACUCAGACUAAAACUUCUUGCUGUGACUGAGACUCAUUCAUGAGGUACAUGUGAUUUAUUUGAACUCCGACCUGUGGAUCUCUGGAGUUCAGCUUGCAUGCCUGUAAACUCCUGUGAAAGUAGCAACAGGUGCAUUAAUAAAUGCUGCCGCCUAAA